AAGUAAGUACCUAGACAAUAAAUUGUUAGUUAAUAGGCAGAUACAUAUUCUUAGGAAUAUAUAUCAUAGACGAAUAUCUCUCAACUCUACCGCAGACUCUAUUUCAAUGCCGACUGAAUCCUAAAUUACCCAGUAUACCCUACGACAAGGUACCAGAGAAUAAAAGUCCAAGGUUCCUAACACUAAUCGUUUACUUUCACUACUACUCUAUACGGAGUACUUAGGAAAAUGUCAUCUCUAAAAAUUGCUAUCAUAGGGGCUGGCCCGGCCGGUUGUAUGCUAGGGAGAAUCUUAUCACUCUCUAAGGUCCCAUUCACAAUUUAUGAAAGCGAUGCCAGCCCCAACUAUCGCUCCCAAGGAGGCACAUUGGACCUACACCCCGGGACAGGUCUAGCAGCUAUGAAGGAGGCUCAAUUAUGGGAUGAAUUCGUAGAACAUGCUCGCUUCGAUGGCGAUUACUUGAUAUUGACAGACAAGAACCUCAAGCCUUUCAUGCGGAUAGGUCCUAGCAAUAAGCUCAGUGAGCGGCCUGAAAUUGACCGCUUCCAACUACGCAGAAUCCUAACGGAAUCACUCCCAGAAGGCUCUAUUAAGUGGGGGUAUCGUCUACAAAGGGUCGAGGGGGAUAAUACAUUAAUCUUCGAUCAUACAUCAGAGUCUGGUUUUGAUCUCAUCAUUGGAUGUGAGGGGGGAUGGAGCAAGGUGCGAAGCUACAUCUCGCCAGUGGUGAAACCACACUAUACUGGAGUUGGGUAUCAUCGUCUGUCGAUAUUAGACGCGGCAACCACUGCUCCAGAUAUCUACAAGGUCGUCAAUCGCGGAAGCCUAUUCGCCAGCUCAAAUGGGCAGAGGAUGGCAGUACAACAGAUGGGUGAUGGGAGCAUCAACGUCGCCUGGACAUCGCAACGUCCCGAAAAUUGGACUCAGACUUGCGGAUAUAACCCUCAUAAUAUCGACCAAGUUAAGAAGGCAAUCCUCACGGAGAUGGAGGAUUGGUGUCCAAUGCUUCGAGGGGCGAUCGACAAGGCAUGCGAUGACAUAUGCGACCCGAAAAAUCUCUACCAACUCCCGGUCGGUUGGCAUUGGGAACACCGCCGCGGCGCAACAAUUAUAGGGGACGCGGCGCAUCUAAUGGCCCCAUUCGCCGGUGAAGGGGUGAACGUCGCGUUUGACGACGCGAGGAAGCUCGCUGCUGCUAUUGUCAGAGCAGUGCAAGCAGGCGGCAAGGUAGAUCAACUCGACGGGGAAAUACAGGCAUUCGAAGAGGAAAUGUUCACACGUAUGGAAGUAUAUCAACGUCAGACGGAAGAUGUGACGAAACUCUGGUUCUUCAGUGAGGGUAAUAUGCGAGACGUAAUUCCGAAAAUAAUGCUGAUUCACGCUAAAGCCAAAUUACCGACAAUAUUUCAUCCUCUCGCAUGGGGGCUCAUAAAUUCGUAUUGGUUCGUCAAGACCAAACUCUCCGGUUAACCUACAUACUCCUUUUUCGCAUUAUUUUGGGAGUUUGGUGUUAUCGAAGGCAUAAUAUUAAUCAACGUCAAGUUUCUCGGCACAGCGCAAUUCUCACUCGAACGAUUAAUGUUAUUCUUAACUCCUAGACUCUCUAACUAUAUACUUGAUGUAACUACACGUCAGCCACCCGUAACUAAAAUGGAUUAUUGCGUGUUACUCAGAGCUGCCAGGUACUUUACGGCAGCGCCUUCUUGUGUUUCCUGUUUCAAGUCCUAAGAUUGGCGAAGUUCCCGAGUUAUCGCUAGAGGCAAGAC